CUUUCCUUUCAAAUUGAGAUAGGUGGCAAACAAGCCCGAGACACAAUUUAGAGGAAUUGAAAGGAUUUUGAUAACCACACUGGUGGUUGUGGGUUAAGACCAGGAGUUCACCCGUAAGAUCACAAGUUCGCCCAGGCUGCAUGUCCUACGGCACGUCUUCCUGUAAGGAUGGAGGAACGGGCUCGGAGCUGUUUGCUGCGCUCUCGGUCAAGCUUGGAGGCGGACAUCAAAGCGGACUACCUGAUGGAUCAUAUGGUCACUGAUGGUGUACUGACCAUGGACGAGGAAGAGAGGGUCCGGAACAAGCCCACUAGGAAAGAGAAGGCCGCUGCCCUGCUGGAGGUUCUCCUUCGGAAGGACAACCGCGCUUACAUCUCCUUCUACAACGCCCUGAUCAGGGAGAGCUAUGGAGACCUGGCCAGCCUGCUCCAUUCAGACCUGCCGCUGCUCUCUCCCGAGGGCGAGAAGAGCUUCUCGGAUGGCGGCACUGCUCUGGUCCAGGGUGUCUUGAGUGAGGGUGGUGUGCCCCAGAGACCCAUGGUGUUUGUGAGCCGGCCCUCGCUGCUCAACCAGGUGCGGGCCAAGCUGUACCAGCUGCAGGCCGGGCCCGGGUGGGUGACGGUCUACGGCAUGGCCGGCUCCGGCAAAUCCGUCCUCGCUGCCGAGGCUGUGAGGGACCAUGCCCUCAUCACAGAGUGUUUCCCUGGUGGGGUGCAGUGGGUAUCGGUGGGGCAGGAGCGCUCGGACCUGCUGGUGCGGAUGCAGUCGCUGUGCUUCCGUCUGGAGCAGAGCCAGAGUCCGGAGUCGUGUCACCGGCCGCCGUGCUCCCUGGAGGAGGCCAAGGAGCGCCUCCGCUUCCUCAUGCUGCACAAGUACCCCAGGUCUCUUCUCAUUCUGGAUGAUGUGUGGGACAGCUCUGUCCUCAAGCUCUUUGACAUCCAGUGCAGAGUCCUCCUAACCACCAGGGACAGAAGUCUGGCCGACUCCGUCAGCGGCCAGCGGUACGAGGUGGCUGUGGAGAGCGGUCUGGGGGAGGAUAAAGCCCUGGAGGUGCUGGCUCUCUUCGUCAGCAUGAAGCCCCAGAGGCUGCCCGAGCAGGCACGCAGCAUAGUCAAGGAGUGCAAGGGUUCCCCGCUGGUGGUGUCCCUGAUCGGAGCCCUGUUGCGGGAGUUCCCUGACCGCUGGGACUAUUACCUGCGCCAGCUGCAGAGGAAGCAGUUCAAGCGCAUCAGGAAGUCGUCGUCGUACGACUACGAGGCACUGGACCAGGCCAUGGACGCCAGCAUCCAGGUGCUGACCGAGGAUCACCGGCAGCUCUACACCGACCUCACCGUCCUGGAGAAGGACGUCAAAGUUCCCGCCAAGGUGCUGUCGGUGCUUUGGGAUCUGGAGGUGGAGGAAGUGGAGGACGUGCUGCAGGAGUUUGUCAACAAGUCGCUGCUGUUCCGAGACUGCAACCAGCGGCCAUACCGCUACUACCUCCACGACCUGCAGCUGGACUUCCUCUCCGAGCUCAACCGCACACGCCUCGCCGAGCUGCACACUAAGGUUGUCCGGCAGUACCAGCAGCACUACAAGACAGAGCCGCCCGUCUCUGGUGACGCAGAGAGUCUCUACUGGCUGCGCUUCCUGACCUAUCACAUGGCCAAAGCCGGCCUGUCCAAGGAGCUGUACUCUCUCAUGUUUUCUCUGGACUGGGUCAGAACCAAGGCUUUCGUCAUGGGCCCGGCCCAUCUGAUCAAUGACUAUGUGGAGUAUGCGGCCAUACUGGACAAAGAGAACGGAGAGGUCAGGGGUCAGUUCCAGGAGUUCCUGUCUCUGAAUGGGCACCAGCUGGAGCAGCGGCCGUUCCCCGACGUGGUGCAGCUGGCCCUGUCGCAGCCCGACUCCUCCGAGGUGUACCGGCAGGCCAAGAUGCAGGCGCAGCAGAGCGCCCAGAAGGGGGCGCUCUACCUCGACUGGGUGAAUAAGAAUAGCCUGGAGAGUCUGUCUCGGUUGGUGCUGCAGCCCCACCAGGGAGUGGUCUACUUCGCGUGCUUCUCCCACGACGGCAGCAAGAUCGCCUCCUGUGGGGAGAGCAAGGACCUGCGGGUGUUUAAGAGCAGCAGUGGGGAGAAGCUGCUGGAGAUCCAGGCCGGCGAUGAGGAGGUGGUGUGCUGUGCCUUCUCCCCUGAUGACCGUCUCAUCGCCACCUGCUCCAGCGACCGCAAGAUCAAGGUGUGGAAUGCGGACCAAGGGACCCUGAAGAGGGCGUUUGAUGAGGAGUAUGACGAGCAGAUCAACCACUGUCAGUUCACCAACACGCGACACCGCCUCCUGCUGGCCACCUGCUCCAAUGACAAGUUCAUGAGCACCAAGCUGUGGAACCUAAAUAAGGCGUCUUCGCAGAACACUAUGUUUGGACAUGACGAUGCGGUCAACCACUGCUGCUUCUCCCCUGAUGAUAAGUACCUUGCCACUUCCUCCAGUGACGGCACUCUCAAGAUCUUUGAGGUAUCCUCAGCGAAUGAGUGGAAGUCCAUCACCGUGAGUGACUACUUCCCAGAGACGGACCAGGAUACGGGCGUCAUGGUUACGUGCAGCACAUGGUCUGCCAACGGCACUCGCAUCAUCUGUGCUGCUAAGAACGCCGUCUUUGUGUUUGACGUGGCCAGUGCAGACCUGGUGUGUGAGAUCCGGACCAGUCGGAUGAGCACCGUCCAGUUCUGCCACGCCUGCCCCAGUAGCCAGCUGCUGGCCAUCGCACUGUCACACUAUGCCGUGGAGCUGUGGGAUUUUGAGUCCAAUAAGAAGAUGGCAGACUGCAGUGGUCACCUGAGCUGGGUGCGCUGUGUGCAGUUCUCUCCUGAUGGAUCACAACUCCUCUCCUGCUCCGAUGACCAGACCAUCAGGCUGUGGGAGACUAAGAAGGUUCACACCUCGUCCGCCGCCUCCCUCAAGAGGGACUCUGACGUGCUCUUCACCAACGGUGACAUCACAUUGGUCACCGCCGACAACCGCAACCGUCUCCAGGUGCUGAGCGGGCCCACAGGUUCUGUAGUGUUUGAGUCAGAGGAGCAGGAGUCCAGAAUCCGCUGCACCUCCAUCUGCAGACAGCAUGCUGCUGCAGCCCUGGGUAGAGAGGAUGGAGUUGUGAAGGUGCUGGCAGUUCCUUCUGGACAGACCCUGGCGACUCUCUCAGGUCACACUAGAACCGUCUUCCACUGUCAGUUCACCGAAGAUGGACAGCAGCUGAUCACCUCCUCAGAGGACACUACCAUCAGGGUGUGGAGGUGGCAAACAGGGGAAUGUCUGGUUCUGAAGGGACACACCGAGUCGGUCAGGAGGUUCUCUCUUCUUCCCUCCUCGUCUUCCUCUCCAGGUCUUCUCUCGUGGUCUUUUGACGGAACCGUCAAGGUGUGGGACAUGGACACGGGGGAGAAACUGCAGGACGUCACCGGUCACCAAGGAGCCAUCCUGGCCUGCGAUGUCUCCUCUGACGGACGGAGGUUCGCCACCACGUCCGCCGACAUGACCGCAAAGGUGUGGAGCUGUGAAUCCUGGGAGCUGGUCCACACCCUGAACGGGCACAAGGACUGCGUCCGCAGCUGCCGCUUCUCCGGUGACAACCAGCGCCUGGCAACCGGUGAUGACGACGGAGAAAUCCGCCUGUGGAACAUGCUGGACGGAAGCCUGCUGAGGAUCUGUUGCCGUGGCAAUAAGGAUGCCAUGGACUCCCAGCAUGGAGGCUGGGUGACGGAUCUGCACUUCUCCCCCGACAGCAAGGUGCUGGUCUCCACUGGAGGGUACAUCAAGUGGUGGAACGUGGAGAAAGGUGAGGCCCUGCAGACCUUCUACACCACCGGCGCCAACCUCAAGAGAGUCCACGUCUCACCGGACUUCUCCACCUUCGUCACCAUCGACAGCAUCGGCAUCCUCUACGUCCUCAAGAAGGUGGAGUGAGCCCGAGAUUCCGGAAUGCUCACCAUCGGAAUCUUCUAGAUCCUCAAGAAAGGAGAGUGCAGGUUGAGCUUACCGGAAUGUUUACCAUAGAAUUCCUGUGUGUCCUGAUAAAUAUGAAAUGAGACUACGCUUCCGUUUACAGUCCAGCAUUGGAAUCAUCGUUAUCCCAAAGAGGGGUGGAAUGAUGUUGUGGUCGCUCACAGGAGCUACAUUGGAUGGCAAUCACUCCCCAAACGUUUUGAUUCUCUUGCUGUGAUUGGUGUGGGUGAACACUACUGGAGAGGAGACUAUGGAUGCUGUGUUUUCUAGUAUUUUUUUUUACAUUUUCUGUGUUUUUGUUUAAUAUGAUAAUCGCAUUAUGAAAUGAGCCCUGCCUUGUUGUUCUGGGGCUUGUUUCCCAAAACCAUAGUUGCUAACUAAGUUAGCAACUUAGUUGGUUGGCAAUAGGAAACUGCAUUGCUGAACCAACUAAGUUGCUAACAGGUUAGCAGCUAUGGUUUUGGGAAACGCACUCUGGUAAGUUGAGUGGCCCUCCUUAGGUGAGCCGCAUCUUUUCUGGGACAGUGCUCUUUGUCAUGGCCAAGUACUCGUGCACCAUAUGUUUCCUGACCUACAUUUUAAAAAUGUUUUCUAUUCAUUUGUUUCCUCUUGGGCAAGAAAAUGCAGUCUUUUCUUUGUGCUUCGCGGGUACACACGCCUGUUUGUUAUCAAGGCCUUCAUUUCCAAAAAUAGUUUUAUUUUAUUUUAUUUUCUUCCUUUUGUAGCAGUUUUUUGUUUGUUUUUACUCACGGCCUCUUGGUGUGCCGGGAUCUGUUCUGGUGUCUUUCUGACGUGAUCUGCCGUGCAUUAAAUGCAUUACCGUGGUCCCUGCUGUAAGUUUACAGUCGUGCAUAAUUUACGACCGUAAACUUACACCGGGGACACCGUUGUAAUUGUGCAAUACUUGCUGUUGUUUCAGCACAACCAGCUAUUUUAUCAAUGUGAAAAAAAAUCCUAAAUGGAAAAUUCUGUUAACUGUAGACCUGUUUACAGUCUUUAAGCUACUGACUUUUCUAUGCCUUUAUGAACCAAACGUAUGGUGCCCCUUUUUCCACAUCUUGGCUUACAAUAGAAAUGGAUGCUCUUUAGAAUCUACAGUAAAUCAGGGUUUGCCUUGCAAUACGUAGUCCAGCCAUUGGACUGAACAUUUGACAGCACUUCCAAUGAGAUGUAGUAUCCUUGAGCCAUGUAGAAUCAAUACUAUGUAGAAUUUUUUUAUCGUUAUUGAUGCAUGCAACAUCUUAUGCAAAGUGUGAUACAUAUCUGAGAUGUCCAGCCUUUGUUCAAUCAAUCAGUCUGAGUCUCCACGGUUUGGACCAGCCUUUCCUAAAUGCCUUGGUACUGCCUCUGGUGCUUUUUGCUACAGUCAAUCAGAAUUCCACAUCUAUUUGGGCCAAUGGAGUAGUUCAAGAAGCACUCAGGGUAAAAAUCUUUGUUUAUUGAUCAACUAUAUGGCACUGGUUGUAUGUCUUGCAUGAUGCACAUAAUUUAUACCUGUCUUGCAAUAAAUCUGUUGCAUUGGUA